CCCACUCCCACGCCGACGUGUCACGCGUCCCGGCUAUAGAAAGUAUCUUCUCAAUGAACCUAAAACUACGUCAAAUGCAACAUCGACAUGGCGCGAGGGCGGGUGUUAGUGAGUGCAUUCCUUGGUUAUCUGAUCAUAUUAGUAAUCGUUUUAGCAGCCUUGAACCAAAGAUUUUCAAUUAGUGGUGUUCAGUACAUAAGAGCUCCGUCAACGAAACGUCAGAUGGCUUUCCCAAAUCGGUCUGUGUCUAUGUCGACAGCUGAAACGAAUGUGGUAAAAGAGCCCGAUUUGAACGUAACAAAGAGUCAUACCAUCACUCUUACCAUCCGCAUGACAAGCACAGUGAAGUUUAAAAAGCGUUUCUUUUGUGACCUCUUGCGAUCUGCUGUGCUGUUCUGGUCACCAAAACUUGGGCCCAUCAGUCUGAUAUUGGACAAGGGCUCCAAAGGCGACCGCAAGUUUGCUGCUAGGCUGGUCCAGCAGGAGCACGAACUAGGCUUCAAGUUUAACGUCAUAUACGAGCCUCUACCUCAAGACCAUAAGACCGUACUGAAGUCGCGUCUAGGCCUCGGCUAUGGGCGGCAGCUUUGGAGCAGUUUCAUGAUGGAUCUGUUCAUCGACGCCUCCAUCAUUGCUUGGAUUGACACAGACGGUGUAUUCACGACGCCUGUCACCCCCGAAAACAUCGUCAACGGACAACGACUACGGGUGGUGAGCAUCACUCAAGACUGGAAAAGACUACAUGAUCUCAAUUGGUUCCAAACAACAGAACGUGCAAUUGGCAAGCAGAUGGUGGCGGACUUCAUGACAUACUUUCCUGUCUAUAUUUGGCGAGAUACCAUCAUUAAUUGCAGGAACCACAUAUCACGGCAUAUGAAUGUAACUCGCUUCGAGGACGCUUUUCGAAAUCUUUAUAAUCUCAGCCCUGUCAACGUCAUCAUGAACUACGCCUUCUACUUUGAGCAUGAUCGUUAUGACUGGCAUUUAGAUGUUAACAAUGAUUUGAAAUCAUACAACAAGGAUCAUGUCCCUCCUGGUUUCGAAAUCAAACCCAGUCAGACUGUACCAGAUGUUCAGGUUUCCAUACACAAAGGGUACUACGACAAGCUUCCCAACCCGUUGCUACAGGGAUACUGCGUCGCCAAGCGGUACGUUAGCACCCUGCCUGCCUUCUGCAAACCCUUCGAAAAUGUCACCAACUUUCAGCUAUUUGAGUUCUGCUGGCAAGAGAAAUUAUUAAUUCAGGAACACCUCGGCACGUGGUGUGCGUCUCCCGAGGGCCACAGAGACUGCGCUCAACGUAUUGAAGCGCAUUAUGCAAAUGUCGUGAAAUAUUACAACUUGGGUUGGUUUGAUCUGGAUUUGGGCCGAGUCGGUGCUGUUGAAAAAAAAGCAGCACAGGAGAAAAGUAAAUGUCCCAAGGUUUUUUGACUUGGACUGAGGUUCACUCUGUGAAGUGUGUUUCGUAGUAAACACAACUUGGCUUAAACCUGUGAACAUGUUCAGAAAGUUUCAACUAAGCAAUACGAAACAUGUUCAGAAAUAAAAAAUACAAACCAAAAACCUUAACGACAAUUGCCAACUAUUGUGCCCAUCAAUACUUGAAACAUGUUUUGUAUUGAGCACGUGUGUAUUCGAAUAGGUAGAAAAUAUUUCGUUUUUUUUCUGCAUUGGUGUAUGUCUAAAAGGUAAAUUUAACUUCAAUUUCAGUCAUGUCUUUUGUUAAUAUUGUGAACCUAGAAUUUACUUACACUGACAACAUUUCUGAGAAAGGGGUUUAUGCUUGUUAUGCAUAUACGAACAGCAAUGAAUCAACAAAGAAUGGAGAAAAUAGAAUCCAGAAAGAUUUACAAAAACGCAGGUAUUUUUCUUUACAAACCAAAGUUCUAUCGUGUCUUCUUCAUAGGAUGGCGUCACAGUUUUGCUCACGAUUGUGAAAAUACGUAUAAAAGUUGAAAAUAAGGUUAACUGAGGCACAAAGGUGCAUCUUGAAGGUUUGUGUUCAAAGACAUUUACUGCAGCAGCCCUUUAAAGCAGCUUUGGUCUGAUUAGUCGAAGAGGUCGUGUAGAUCAUGAUUUCUUCCCCAAGUCUCUUGAAGUCCUUCCACAGGACCUUUCAGAAGACCAGUGCUGAGUACCAGGAAGAACAGCGACAAAGGUAUUUUACCUUUACACUUCGUCAUCAUUUUGAAGAGUGUCAGGCUUAGCUUCAGGGUAGAAAUUUUGAGUUGUACUUUUUUUAGGAGUUUGCCAUCUUGAAUCGAGAGCGAGACAUUCUCCGUAAAAAAAAAAAACAAAAAAAGUCUGCAAACCUAAUAAGCGUGACACUGAAGAUGAUGUUAUGGUGACAAAUUACAGAUUACUGUCAUUGUACUCCGAUGGGAAGGUUCCAGAUUAAGGAUUUAUUCCUUCAUGGCUAUUUUGUUUAAAACAGGGCUAUACCUGUCAUGAUAGUAAAAUAGUCUGGCUCCUUCCUUUCUCCGGGUGCUUAAUUAAUGAAUAAAGAACAACUACGGGAGCAUGAUUAUGGGACCAUGAACCCUGUCGUAUUGAUUAAUAGAUUCGAGAAAAACUACGAAUGGCCCCUUUCGCCUACAGACCUUUUUCCUGUGAUGUGCCAUUCACGAUCGUGCUGGGCCUACACUGUUUGAUGUGUUGUGAUGGUAAAGGUGGAUACUGUUGUGAUGGUAACCUACUUAUUCCACAAAAAAACUUGUCAAGCAUGCAGUGUUCGCAAGUGUGCUUGUACAUGUACGUGGUUGAAGCUGCCAUUGGAAUGUAUGCAAUCACCGUGGCCAUGGCGGUCUACACGUGGUUGUAUCGUUUACAUUUAGCACAAUCCAGUCGUGGGGCUGAAAAAGGCCUGUACAGAAACUCAUCACACCGUACAGAUCCAUCGUGCUGAAUGCGAUUGCUCAGUUAAGCAUACGUGUGUGGUGAAUUUAGCAUAAUUAUACGGUAAUUUGUUGACAGCGAUUUAAUGGAGCUGUGAAAAAGCCUUUCAGGGUCUGCCAGAAGUUUUACCUGAAUCAAAAACACGAAAACUCUCAUGUUGCUUUGUGUUUAGUGAUUAUUGUACUAAUGAAAACAACCACGUGUGGAAUGAAACAGCCCAAUAAGCAUUUUGUAAUUGCCAUGUCGUUGGUUUGUUAAAGGCAGCACUUACAACUCAAACCGGUGUGAUGGGGAUAUAUGCUCUUCCGAGAACAUUGUUUUUAUUUUUGGUAUUAUUCGAUUAACAAUUGUAGAGAGCAGCUUCCUUGAACGAAAUGGUUCUGUUAUUGUUUAUAACGUACAAAUACACUCAAACACACCGGCAAGCAGAUGUAAAUAUAAUAAUAAGUCUGUUUAAUUUGACUUCAAUAUUUCAUUUCACUUGAAAUCCGACUUUCCCGCAGAAAAGCCAUGUGUACUUACAAUUUGCAAACUUUGGGUUCCGGUAAUUAAGCCUCCUCUAUGGCCUGUGCUUCUCUUAUCAAGCUUAGUCAAUGAUAGGAAACGACGUUAUUGGAUUCUUAGGAAUGGUCAAAAGUGGUAACAGAAUUAGGGUAGCUCUGGAUUUGUUUCAAAUGAAACAAAAAUAAUACCAAUCUUCCUUAAGUGUGUCACGGUAUAUUUUGAAACGGGAGCGACAGCGAUAGUUUUUUUGUGCAACUGCAAGUUUCAUGCUUUGUUAAAUUAUUUUGUUUGGCCACUGCCAGACGGAUACAAAAAUUUUCAGUUUAGAUUUGGAACUGAAGGAGGGUGUCACGGCAGAGUUCGCCUGAAUGAUGAGGUGUUUAUACAGCAAGGCCAUUCCUUUUCAUCGACUUGUGGGAAAGGGUGGACCUUUUGUGUAUGAAUAGUGACCUGUAUUCCCCACCCAACGUCCGGGUUGGUCUUUUACUCCUGCAUGGAAACUGUACAAUGACUCACUGAAAUUGUUUAGAUUCCUGCACACGCAGCCCAUUUUCGGCAAGCAGCCGGGAACAGGCAACAGGGAACCCAGACGAACAAUGUAGGGUCAUUCUUCAAAAUGCUACGAAAUAAAGAGGAAUCGAAAAUGUUUGGACAGAG